UUGUGAAUCGUGAAUCCGGUUUGUGAGUUAGAAAAAUAUUUACGGAGUUUUGUGGUUCUCGUCUCUGUGUCUGAGGUUUGCGGAGUUCUGAAAGUUAGAAAACGAAAAUGGUUUCAGAACAAGAUGAAGAAAAAGAGAAAGAAAGAAGAAAGAAUAGAUAUAAACCAUCUUCUUCAUCAUCAUCAAAUUCAUGGCCCAAUAAAAAUGUUUCUCAUAAAGAAGAAGAAGGAAUGAGGGUUUGGGGAAUUCUAUUGUUUGGUCUUAUUGGCGCCACCGCCACCACUUUAGCUGUUGGACAAUUGAGAUACACUAUUAAUUGGAUAUAUUCCCAGUUUGGCAGGACACCGGCGUCAUGGAAAGGCACAUCAAACGGUUCAUAUAGUUCAAGUUUCAAGGAGGAAGCACGCAGAAGAUAUCAGCAACGGAUGCAGGAGGAAUUAGAAGAAGAAAUUGAGAGAGUGGAACGUAUAAGGCGUAUGCAGAGUGUAUUUAACAGAGAGAGGAAUAAACAUAGGAGGGGCUUUGAAAGGUGGAGGGAGAACGAGGCAGAGCCAGAUGCAUAUCAUCAGCACUUCCAGCGUGAAGAUUGGUAUUGGAAAACCAGUACAUCUCACAAAGCUGAAAACUCCAAUGCUAGAGCUGCUCCAAGGGAGCCUGGAAGUUAUAUGUUAUCUCAUCACUACUCGAUUUUGGGCCUGGAUAGGUGGAGGACAAAGCCAUAUACAGAAGCUGAAAUUAAGACAGCUUUUAGAGCAAAAGCAAAGCAGUUCCACCCUGAUCAGAACCAGGAAAAUAAAGAUGCUGCUGAGGCGAAGUUUAAAGAGGUGAUGUCAUCCUACGAGGCCAUUAAAUCAGAAAGGAAGAAUGGGCAGUGCUGAUGGAAUAAUUACUGUGUGAUCUGAUUAUUCCAGAAUGCCUUGUACAUAAAUGCAACAGCACACUCUGACAAUUCCGACACAGAUUAGAUUAUGAAUUUUCCCGGCAAAGAAUUUUGGACCAUUUGAGUUCUGAGAGUGUUGUAUUCUUUUCAUAAAAGGCUGGCAUUAUGAGAUCAACUUUAGGGUCUACUAUAGGCAAAAGUUGCUUCUUGUGUAUAGUGGAUCAUACAUCAAUGUCCUGUAAUAUAUGUAACUUCGAUUUCAAUAAUAGAACAUUAGAAAGCAGAAUCUAAAUCUCCUCGGCUCUUAAAGAGAAAUGAACGGGAAGGUGUUCCACAGAUUGUUAAACAAUAAUUUCUCAUUUUCAAAUCAUAUACAAUGAAAACCACAGUAAAUGUUGCAGACA